AUGAAAUACGUUCCACCACACUCACGGGUUCACACAGAAACCAAAGAAAAACAAGAAGCGACACAAGAAAAAGCGGAACAAGAGAAAGAGAAUGCUGAAACGAUAAAUGAAGAAAAGGGAAAUGAAAGUGAUACAUCUGUAGCAGGAGAUGAUUUUGAAAUAGUUCUAAAUAGCGUUGUUAUUAGUAAUAUAUCCAAAAAUAAGGACUUACGUGGAGAAUUAUUAGGUUAUUAUAUUAAAAAUAAUGAAGAUAACAAAAAAAAAUCGAAAAAAAAAAAAAAAAAGGGAAAGGGUAAUAAUGCGGAUGGAUAUAAUGAUGAUCACGAUGGAGGAGAUGAAGAUGCAGAGGACGAAGAGGAUGAAGAUGAUGAUGACGAUGAUGCGAAUCAACAAGAUGAAGAAGACGAUAUGGAAGAAUAUGAUAAUGAAAAUGAUGAUAAAAAAAGAAAAAAGAAAAGAGAUGGUACCUCUAAUAAAGAUCAAAAAAAAAAUAAAAGGAAUGAUUUGAAAAAAUUAAAUACAGUAGAAAUUAAUCAAUCGUUUUGUGUUUGUAAUAUUGAAGAUAUAUGUAUUGACAAAAUUUCAAAAUUAACAAAUAGGUAUCAAAUAUCUAAGCAAAGAUAUAAUGAGUUAUUAAAUAAUUUAGUUUUAUAUUUUAAUAAAAAUAAAUAUGAAGAAGAUGGAGAAAAAUACAUAAGUGAAGUUAAUAACUAUUAUGACGAUUAUGUAAAUAUUAUGGCAGAGCUAAAUUUCGAAACAACAUCUUUUGGUUUUUAUAUCAAUGUUUGUGAUAUUAAAAAAAAAGAAGUGUUAGCAACGUUAUUAUUAUGUUCUCUAAUUAAUAAGAAUUCAUUUGUUUUAUGUUUUGGGGAAAAAUAUGGAAAAUUAAUUUUCUCAGCUUACAAAAUAGAUGUAGAUGUUGUAUUUGAAAUUAAGAAUCAAAUAAAGAAUUCUACCUUCACGCAGUUUAGUGAUAUAUUAAAUGUUGAGUUAAAUAAAAGGGGACUAAAUAGUAAAAAUAUAUUACAAAGGAUACCUAUACGUAUUAAGAAUUCAAUUAUAAAUUCGUUAUUUUUAAAGGUUCUGAAAAAUAAAAAUAAAAAUUUCGUUUCAACAAUGGAUUAUCUAAACACGUUAGAGGUAGAUUCUUUAGAAAGUCAUAUUCAGGAUACGUGCAAAUCUUUAGAAAUGUUAAAAACAGAACAAGAAAAAAUUAUUAAAUAUAAAAAAGACGUAUUCAAACAAUUGCAAACACAAAAAAUUUAUCAAGAAAAGAAAAAAUUAGAAAAAGAGAAAAAUAAAAUUGAACAUGAUAAUUUAGAUGCAAACGAAGAAGAUAUAAAUCUACAAAACAUAUUCAAAAGUAUUCCUCAACCAUCUUUAUUAUUUCCGUAUGUCUUAACUAUGAGUAACAAUUUACUGAAUGAUAAUAUUAAUAACUUAUGUAGUCAUGCUAUUGCCAAGUCUUAUCUAUACUACAGAAAUGCGAAACCGUGA